ACUCUGGCUUUCUCUCGUGCAGCGGUGUGCAUGGUGAUCGGCGUGCUCACCUUCCCUGCCGGCUGGGACGUGUCCGUGGUGCGCGACGUAUGCGGCCCAGACGCCGGCGACUACGACCCUGGCCAGUGCGGCAUCCGCUGGGCCUACAUCUUGGCCGUCAUCGGCGUGGCGGACUGCGUCGUCCUGGCCGCACUGGCCUUCGUGCUGGGCACCCGCUACGUCAAGCUGCUGCCGGACCAGUACAUCUCCAACGGAUCCGUCUACAAGGGCGAGGUGAACAGCGCCUUCAUGGCGGACAACCAGUCGACGGCGUCCCGCAAGUCCAUGAACCUGCAGCCUGUGAUGCUGAUGCCUCAGCCGGGGGGCCUGACCCCGGUGCCUCACGACCCGGAAAGGUUCUCCGAGUACUCCCACCGGACAGCCAGGUCAAAGACGGGACCACCGGCGCCCAACUACCGCUCCGAAUACUCCACCUCCAUGCACAACUUCCAACUCUGA